ACCAAGAUCCGAAAUCUUGUCAAGUAGAAAAUGGUGCGACUUAUUAUAAACGAAAAUCAAAUCACUUCAAUUUCAAUUUAUAGUCUUCAGCAGCACUCCUCAUCUUCCCCAAAUUCAAUGGAGAAGUACUGAGAGCGAGAGAUGGAAGCGGUUGCGGAGGGGCUUUGGGGACUAGCGGACUACCAUGAGAAGAAAGGGGAGAUGGGGAAAGCGGUGAAGUGUCUGGAAGCCAUUUGCCAGAGUCAGGUCACCUUCUUCCCCAUCGUCGAGGUCAAGACUCGUCUUCGAAUCGCUACUUUGCUUAUCAAGCAUUCUCACAAUGUUAAUCACGCUAAGUCUCACCUCGAACGAUCCCAAUUGCUUCUCAAGAGCAUCCCUUCUUGCUUCGAUCUCAAAUGCAGAGCUUAUAGCUUGCUCAGUCAGUGUUACCAUCUCGUCGGUGCUAUUGCUCCCCAGAAGCAGGUUCUCCAUAAGGCUCUCGAGCUUACUGCUUCCGCUGGCAACGAGAUCUCAGUGAAUUUGUGGUCUUGCAACUUCAACACCCAGCUUGCGAAUGCUCUGAUAAUUGAAGGAGACUUUCGAAGUUCAAUUUCGGCGCUUCAGUGUGGUUAUCAUUGCGCUACUCAAAUAUGUUAUCCCGAGUUACAGAUGUUCUUUGCUGCUUCUAUCCUGCACGUGCACCUCAUGCAAUGGGAUGAUAUGAAUUUGGUUGAGGCAGCCGUUAAUCAAUGUGAUCAGGUCUGGGAGACUAUUCGGCCAGAAAAUAGACAACACUGCCUUGGAUUACUCUUUUACAAUGAGCUUCUGCACAUAUUUUAUCGACUUCGGAUAUGUGAUUACAAAAAUGCUGCACCACAUUUAGACAGAUUGGAUGCUGCUUUGAAGGCUGACUCGAAGAAAAUGCAGCAUGUGCGAGAUCUGACGAAGGAACUUGAUUCCUUGAAUCAAAGUCUCUCUCGGUCUGAUCUACCCAACAGAGAUAGGUCAGCACUUUCAGAAAAACAAGCUCAGCUACAGGAGAGGUUGACAAGUUUGACUAGUUUGAGUAAUCAAGCUGGAACUGGAUCACUUGAACCAGCUUAUUUUGGGAAUAUGAAGCGGACUUAUGGGGACAAGCUUGUGUUGGCACCACCACCUAUUGAUGGGGAGUGGUUACCAAAAAGUGCAGUACAUGCUCUUGUUGAUCUUAUGAUUGUCAUAUUUGGACGUCCAAAAGGACUAUUUAAGGAGUGUGGAAGACGAAUUCAAUCUGGAAUGCAUACCAUACAAGUGGAACUGGCAAAGCUUGGAAUAACUGAUGGUGUGAGAGAGGUGAAUUUGCAACACUCCGCCAUUUGGAUGGCGGGUGUAUAUUUGAUGCUGUUAAUGCAACUCCUAGAAAACAAAGUGGUCGUGGACCUUACUCGGUCUGAGUUUGUGGAUGCACAAGAGGCACUGAUGCAAAUGAAGAACUGGUUCAUGCGCUUUCCGACAAUUUUACAAGCUUGUGAGAGCAUAAUUGAGAUGCUCAGGGGGCAGUAUGCUCAUUCUGUUGGGAGCCAUAGUGAAGCAGCCUUUCAUUAUAUUGAAGCUGCAAAGCUAACACAGAGCAAAUCAAUGCAAGCCAUUUGCCAAGUUUAUGCGGCUGUCUCGUACAUCUGCAUUGGUGAUGCAGAAUCUUCAUCACAGGCACUAGAUUUGAUUGGACCAGUUUACAGAAUGAUGGAUUCCUUUGUUGGAGUUCGAGAGAAAACCAGUGUUCUUUUUGCAUAUGGCCUUUUGUUAAUGAAGCAACAGGAUUUACAAGAGGCAAGAAAUCGACUGGCCAAAGGUUUGCAGUUGACACAUAAUCAUUUGGGGAACCUUCAACUCGUUGCACAAUAUUUGACAAUUCUUGGUAGUUUGGCAUUAGCCCUGCAUGAUAAUGUACAGGCUAGAGAGAUCUUGAGAUCAUCCCUAACAUUGGCAAAGAAGCUUUAUGAUAUCCCUACUCAGAUUUGGGUGCUCUCUGUUUUGACAGCUUUAUAUCAAGAGUUGGGUGAGAGGGGAAAUGAAAUGGAAAAUCUUGAGUAUCAAAGGAAAAAGAUGGACGAACUGCAGAAGAGACUUGCUGAUGCACAUUCUACCAGUCAUCAUAUUGAACUAAUUGACAAAGUAAAGUUUCAAGUCCACCAAUUUCAUGACCUCGACAUCAAGCGUGCAAUUGCAGGCCCUGCUGUUGGAAUCAAUCUUGACAUCCCAGAGUCCAUUGGUCUGUCCACCCCAUUACCCAACUUUUCUUCAAGGUUAGUGGAUUUAGACACUGGAAGACGUGGGAAGAGGAAACUCUAGUUCUGACUUGUACGGGUUCUAUUCCAACAACCUAUCUUUAUUAAGAAAAAAUGAAACAGAUGGCUUAGAACUCAGUUUAGGAAUUUUGGACUUAACCUUUCGUUAUGUCCAGUAAACAAUGUCUUAAGCAUCAACUUUUGGGGAUGCUGUACAGUUCUUACUACUUAGUUAAGAUGUUUUUUUAACCUAUUUCAGUAGCUCCUUUAUUUUUAAUCAUUAUAUUUACUGUGAUUAUGUAACGGUGAAGCCAGUUAAUUUAAAGCUGUUGUAUAUGCAA